CCCCCCGCCUCCUGUGGAUUUUCUGUUAGAUUCAUCAUUUACCAUUCACGCAUCAUCUUUCACUCUCUCCUUCCAAUAUGACUGCUUUGUGUGCUGGCCUCCGCUUUAUUCCUGCUAUUCCCAGCCCAUAAAGGGGGCUGUGUGGGCCUUCAGCAGGACUGAGAAAUUGACUCUGCUGUCUGUUGAGAACUAUAAUGAUUGCAGUGACCUUCAUGUCUGGCAGAAAAUCCACUACCUGUGCCGGCAUAAUGGCGGCCAGCUGAACAUAGAGAAAAGGGAGUCUUCACCGAAUUCCUUCUCGUGCUAUAUGUAUUUCCUUUGUUCCCCUCUCUAUUCCCUUCUGUCCCCCUUCUCCCCACUGCAACUGGAGUGCUGACCUAAGAUGCAGCUGUGACUUAAGAGUUAAUGCUUGGAAAUAAUAAUACAUUCUAUUUUGCAGGCUUUGCCAAGCCAGUUCACCCACGUUGUCUCAUCUAAUAUUCCCCCCAACCCCUGUGAGGCCGGGCCUGCCGGCCUUUAGGUGCUGUCCUGUCCUGAGGCUUCGGCCAUGCCUGCACACGAAGAAAGGGCUUGAAGCUCGCCUGAAGGAAGAAGCAUGCAGGGGACCCCUGGAGGAGGCGUGGGCCCUGGGCUGUCCCCUGUGGACCGGUGGACGCUCCUGGUCUUCAGCUUUAUUCUGGCAGCAGCUUUGGGCCAAAUGAAUUUCACAGGAGACCAGGUUCUUCGAGUCCUGGCUAAAAAUGAGAAGCAGCUUUCACUUCUCAGGGAUCUGGAGGGCCUGAAGCCCCAGAAGGUGGACUUCUGGCGUGGCCCAGCCAGGCCCAGCCUCCCGGUGGACAUGAGAGUUCCUUUCUCUGAACUGAAAGACGUCAAAGCUUACCUGGGCUCUCACGGCCUUGCUUACAGCGUCAUGAUAAAGGACAUCCAGGUGCUGCUGGAUGAGGAGAGAGAAGCCAUGGCCAAAUCCCGCCGGUUGGAGCGUAGCACCAGCAGCUUUAGUUAUGCCUCUUACCACACCCUGGAGGAGAUAUAUAGCUGGAUCGACAACUUUGUGGCCGAGCACUCAGAUAUAGUCUCAAAAAUUCGGAUUGGCCACAGCUUUGAAAAUCGGUCCAUUGUUGUCCUGAAGUUUAGCACUGGAGGACCUCAGCGCCGGGCCAUCUGGAUUGACACUGGAAUCCACUCCCGGGAGUGGAUCACCCAUGCCACUGGCAUCUGGACCGCCAAGAAGAUUGUCACUGAAUAUGGCAAAGACCGCACGCUGACGAACCUACUGAACGCCAUGGACAUCUUCAUGGAGAUCGUCACCAACCCUGAUGGGUUUGCGUUUACCCACAGCAUGAACCGCCUGUGGCGGAAGAACAAGUCCACCAGACCUGGAAUCUUCUGCAUCGGUGUGGAUCUUAACAGGAACUGGAAGUCAGGUUUUGGAGGAAAUGGUUCUAAUAACAACCCCUGCUCUGAGACUUAUCGUGGGCCCUCCCCUCAGUCGGAGCCAGAGGUGGCUGCCAUCGUGGACUUCAUCACAUCCCAUGGGAACAUCAAGGCUCUGAUCUCCAUUCACAGCUACUCUCAGAUGCUCAUGUACCCUUACGGCCACUCACCGGAGCCUGUUCCAAACCAGAAGGAGUUGUACGAUCUUGCCAAGGACGCAGCGCAGGCCCUGUAUGAGGUCCACGGGAUCCAGUACAUUUAUGGCAGCAUCAGCACCACCCUCUAUGUGGCCAGCGGGAUCACUGUCGACUGGGCCUAUGACAAUGGCAUCAAGUUCUCCUUCACCUUCGAGCUCCGGGACACGGGGCGCUAUGGCUUCCUGCUGCCGGCCUCCCAGAUCAUCCCCACGGCCCAGGAGACAUGGCUGGCGCUUCGGACCAUCAUGGAGCACACCUUGAAUCACCCCUACUAGCAACACCACCGAGGGCAGAGCGGGAAGUUUCAUUCCCUUCCCCGAGGACUGGGGCUCCUCCUGAAACCCAAGUGAUGCCUCCUGUUCCCCACACCCCAACCUUGACCACUUAGGAGAUAAAUACAAGUUUGAACAGGCUUGAUGGCCUCUGGGGCUGGCCACCAACCCCUUUGGGCUCGCAUUGAGGAGGGGAGAGGGGCACUUGAAACGCCUCUUCAGUCCCCAGGUACUCAGGGGGGUUGAGGGGCCAGCCGACCUUACACUUGCUCAUCCUGCAAAAUGUGGGUCCUCCAGGCCCACGGCAGACAAUGCACCUGCUGGGGGCUGCUAGUAGGCACAUUGUCCCCUUGGUGUUUACAUCCUAAGAUGAUCCUGGAGGGGACAAUGUUUGAUCAAAAGCAGUGGCUCUCCAGUGGCGACAUUUCCGGCACCUUGAGGGAGAGGUGGGGACAGGCAGGCAGCUUCCUCCUCUUCUUGCUUCAUUUCAUAUGUUGGUAGGGGUCAGGGGUUCAUUUAAGACUCCCCCUCUUUGAAGAUCCCAUUCACCCUCUAAAGAAGAGUGAACAAGUCACUGGUUUGUGACCUGCGCCUCCUGGGCACCCUCUCAGUCUCUGCUGGUCCUGGACAGAGUCACGGCCAGUCAGGGCCAGCACAGCAAAGCCCCACACAUCCAGGGAGAGGAAAUCCUCUUUCCGCCCCCCCUCUUUGCCACAGUCACCAUGGUUGUCCUGCGCUGAGCGGUUAGUCCCGGCCCGGCAUUUACUAAGUAAGCACUUUAUUUAAGGGAGAGAAGGGAGAAUAUUUUGAGAUAGAAGAAACAAGAUGCACCCCCUCCCAAUCCUGAGGUUUCUUUAUUUUUUUUUUUUUUAGAUUUAUUUAUUUAUUUAUAUUAUUUAUUUUGAGAGAGACAGAGACAGCAUGAGCAGGGGAAGGGCAGAGAGAGAGAGAGAGAGAGAGAGAGAGCAUCCCAAGCAGGCUCCACGCUUGACAACGCAGAGCCCGACACGGGGCUCAAACUUACGAAACCACGAGAUCAUGACCUGAGCCAAAACCAAGAGUUGGACGCUUAACCGAUGGAGCCUCCCAGGCGCCCCUCCUGAGGUUGUUCCUAAUACUUUCCGCCUUCCUCCACCCCUGGGGAGCAGAGAUAGUGGGCCUGUUUGCCCUGCCCUCAGGGCAAGGCAGGUACUCUGAAGAAGCUGGAGGUCAACAGCAAUGCUGGGUGGGUCUGUGCACGUCUGAGGCAGAAAGCGAGACUUUCAUUUGCAAGGGCCAGACUUUGGUUUUGUUGCAAAAGAGGAGGAUUGUGGGUACCCGGGAGCUGGCCCCUGCAGGACACAGAGCACGGAGUUUUACUCUAAAUCGCACACAUGGAAGAAAGGAGGGUGAAGUGAGAACAAGUCCCUCUUUCCACCCUAAAAGGAGAUAGAGGUUAAAUUGGUAGAUGGAGGGGAUGGGUAGUGAUCGGAACUCUAGGUAAGGCCCAGGUCCGAAAGGGCAAUGAAGAAGCAGAUUAACAAUGGCCGAGCCAAGGGGUCUAGGCAGGUUAUUAGAGUGUACCCACGAGGCUGGGUACACUCUGAGCUGCGUAGUGCUCUGAGCAAAGAAAUGGUGAGGAGGCCUGGGAUGGAAGCAAGAAGGCCGAGCCUGGGGGCCAUGCGGCCAGCGGCCAUGGUGGCACAGUGGCCAUCGACUGGGGAUGCCUGUGCCCAGGACCUGCCAUGCCAUGAGGAGGCCUGAGCAAGUCAGGGUAAUGAACACCUGAAGAACCCAGAUCCUCUCCAGGGGAAGAGCCAAAAGAAGGAAAGCAUCCCGAUUUGCGCUGUGGUUUCUCCCAGGAGACAGAUUUUUUUUAAAGCUGGAAGUGAUUUGAGCGAGGUAGAAUUUCCAAGCUAAAGUUUUCUGCUAUUAGUGGGAAUAUGAGGCCAUGGGCUAAAUUAGUAUAAGCUACAGAUAAAUAAAGCAAGUUAUACCUUUAUACACCGGAGUGCAUGAUUAUAACUUUUGUACCCUCUGUGCAAAUAUUUUAAUUUGGGCCUCUUGGGGAGGAUAUUAUCAGUGUUUAAAAAUUUUUUUUUCUUAAUGUUUUUAUUUAUUUUUGAGAGAGAGACAGAGCAUGAGCAGGGGAGGGGCAGAGAGAGAGGGAGACAGAAUCUGAAGCAGGCUCCAGGCUCCCAGCUGUCAGCACAGAGCCUGACGUGGGGCUCGAACCCACGGACUGUGAGAUCAUGACCCGAGCUCAAGUCGGACACUUAACCGACUGAGCCACCCAGGUGCCCCGAUUCAGAGAGAUUUUAAAGGCCACACAAGAUCACAUGAAUGGGAAGUUGUCAAAGGGGUUUUGAACUCGGGUUUGUCUAACUCCAAAACCACUAUGUCUCCAUUUGUCCAAGUGUGACCUGUGGCCACAUUGGCAGCAGAAUCCAUGGGGAGUAAUGUGAAGAUAUUCGGGUUUCAUUCCCAGAGUGAAACAAUCUCUGGGGUGUACCCCCUCCCCCCCCCAAAUGUGUAUUUUUACCAUCUGCCCCAGGAGUUCUGAGGUCCCUUAAAGGCUGAGAACCACCUGCUUUCCUGUCACCCAGAAGAACACAUUUGAGUUUGGGGGAGGGGGGGAGUUGGGGCCUUGGGUCUCCCACCUUUUGCCAUUAUCUGUUAGGACCGAGGGUGGUUACAACAGCGGGACGCUGGUCAUCCUUUGCCAGAGUAUUGCCAAGGGGCUGCCUUAGCCUAGCCCUGGUCUGCAGACCACAGGCCUCAGCAUCACGUGGGAGCUUGCUGGAAAUACAAACUCUCAGGCCACCCAAGACCUCCUGAAUCAGAAAGAACCUCUGGGCAUGGGACCAGGUGAUGCCAAUGCCAUGCUGGAGAGGCAUGGCCCUAGAGGCAGGAGGGUCUGGACCCUGAUGAGCUUCUCAGUAACAACAGUGAAAAUAAUAACCGUUUCUAGCAUGUACCGUGUGCCAUUCAUGGUUCCAAGCGCAUGACAGGUUUCAACACAUUGGCUCCUCACAGCUCCGAGAAGUAAGACUCUCACUGUUUUUAUUUUCAAAUCAAGAGGCUCAGGAUGAGGAUAAUAGCCAAAGGGCGCCCAGUGACUGAGAGGCAGGCCUGGGACCUGAGUCUUGCCCAGAGCCCCUCAGGACCAGGGGCCAAGAGCUUGUUCUCACAGCCAUGUUGGAAAGACCUCUGUGAGGCCAACAGGCUCACAAGAGUUGGGGCUGAAGCUGUUUUACAGAUGGCAGUCUUCUUGAAAGGCAACUUUCUCUUUAAAACCCUUCAGUGAUUUAACACCCCCCCCCCUCCCCAGCCCAAGGUGCCGCGUGGCUGGCCCUGCACACCUCUCCCGCUUUGCCUGAACACCUUGGUCAUCAGCCCCAAGCCCUCUGACCUCCUCACAGCUCCUUCGGCUCCUUCCCAACUGGAAGCCCUUGCCUGUGCUCCUCCUUCUCUGGAACAUUCUCUCCUCUCACUCUCCCUCCAAAUGACCCACUCCUUAAAUUUUCCCCUUCAGUAUAAUUUCCUCACUUAGUCCUUCUAGGACCAUCCAUGAGAAGUAGAUCUAUUCUCUUUGCCGAGGCCUUACGUACUUCCUCGAUUACAGUGAUAGUAACUGACUUCUUUGUUGCUUUUCUUUGCCACUAGUUUGACUGCUCUGUAAGGGUAGGGACCACGUUCGGGUUAUUCACCCUCAGUUCCUGUCAGGUGCACAGUGGGUACUCAGUAUUUGUCAAAAGAGUGCUUCUCGUCCUCGUCCUCGUACGGAUUAGAACUAGGUUUAGCAUUAGGUGACAGAAUGGCUUUAGCAGAUCGGGGUUUUAUUAUUUUUUUUCAUGUAAUAAGUUGCCUGAGGUGGGUAGACCAGCCCACCUGACUGAACCUGACUCCUUGGCGCGCUGGGGACCCAGACCUUUCUGGACUGUUCUGUUUUGUCACUCGGCCAUCAUUUUGACCUCCAGUCUACCUCCAUCACGUGACUGAAUUCCAGGCAGGAUGAGGGGGCAAGGGCAACAAACGUGAGCCAGUGGCUGAGUUGGGCGAUCCACGGACUUCAACUUACACUUUAUUGGCUGGGACUGUGUCGGUGGCCAUGCUCAGCUGCAAGGGAGGCUAGGAAAUCACUUUAUAGCUAGGCACAUUGCUGCCCCCAGUGAAAUUAGAGUUCUGCUGGGAAGGAGAAAGGGGAGAAUGGAUAUUGGAAAGACAGCCAGCAGUCAGCUGCUGCUUCUCAGAAGGGAGAGAAGAUCUGAAGGGGGUCUCUGAAUCAGUUUCUUUGCUCUAGGUAAUCAAGUGACUGGCUAAAUGAUUAAGCCACAGAACUUUCCAGGGCCCUUUCAAAGCUUCUGGCCCAACCCCCUCAUCUUACAGGUAUGAAGGCUGGGGGUCUCUGGACUCGCGAGGCCCUGCAUGAACCUAACAUCUGGGAGAAGACUAAAGCGAGGCCUCUUCUUCCUAUGACCGAGGGGGUCUCCUCAGCAAGCCCAGGGACGUGACGGUUGGAGGAGUUUAUCAAGUGAAAGCUCAAUACUUAAACA